CUCGCCAGGCGUCACUUCCGCCGCUUCAUUCGUCGUAGGACGAUUAUUACAAGGUUCGGUAAAGCUUCGCGCAAAGACAGCAGAGGUCAUGGAGUCUAAUAAUACCGACAUCUAAAACACAUCAGUCAAUCAAGUUCAGCUCACUUGUGGUAGUUUUGCUAUAUGUUUCCCUACUGGGGGAUCCAACAGAAAAACGAAAUCCUUCAAAAUAUCUUCUUCUUACAGAGGAAGUUCCUGGUUUCGGCGACGUCAUUGUCUGAACCUUGUGUCAUUGGUUCUGUCCUCUGCUUAAGACUUUUCCCGCGCUGCAGAACUACGCACUGAACCCGUAGUUGCAGCAAGCUUUAACAUUAUUUUACACCGGUACCGGAGCCGCUACUUUAUUAACCAGGUGAUGCCGUCCUCGGAUUAUGACCCGGCUUGUCUGCCGGACUUACUACCGCUGUACUACCGCCGGCUGUUCCCCUUCUUCCAGUACUACCGCUGGCUAAACUAUGGAGGACUGCAAAAGAACUACUUUCAGAAUCGAGAGUUCUCCUUCACCCUGAAAGAUGACAUCUACGUCCGCUACCAGUCAUUCAGCACACAGAACGAGCUGGAGAAGGAAAUGCAGAAGAUGAACCCUUACAAGAUUGACAUUGGAGCGAUAUACAGUCACAGGCCAAAUCAACACAACACGGUGAAGUCAGGAACCUUCCAGGCGCUGGAGAAGGAGCUGGUGUUUGACAUCGACAUGACAGAUUAUGACGACGUCAGAAGCUGUUGCAGUGCUGCAGACAUUUGCUCCAAGUGCUGGACCUUGAUGACCAUUGCUAUUCGUAUCCUGGAUAGAGCUCUUCGAGAGGACUUUGGUUUCCAGCACCUGCUGUGGGUUUAUUCUGGCAGAAGAGGAGUGCAUUGCUGGGUGUGUGAUGAAGCUGCCAGGAAGCUCUCUGUAGCCGCACGCUCUGCUGUUGCAGAAUACCUGAGCCUGGUGAAGGGAGGUGAAGAGACAGUGAAGAAAGUAGUGCUGACAGAUCCAAUUCAUCCUUUUAUCCGAGAGUCUUUGACAGUGGUGGAGCGAUACUUUACCCAGUACGCGCUACAGGAACAGGAAAUACUGAGCCGCAGGGAAUCUGUUGACAAAGUGCUGGCACUCGUGCCUGAAGAUGUCAAAAAAGAAUUACAGCAGGACUUCCAAAAUGAGAAGAAACCUGAGAAUCGUUGGAAACUGGUCAAGGAUCACGCCAAUAGGAAACAGGCCACUGCCAAGAAGGGCCAACACUUUGAGAAAGAAAUCAUGCUGCAGUAUUGUUACCCACGGCUCGAUGUGAACGUCAGUAAAGGUGUGAACCAUUUGCUGAAGAGCCCCUUCAGUGUCCACCCGAAAACAGGACGAAUUUCGGUUCCCAUGGACCUCAAAGAAUUAGAUAAGUUCGAUCCUUUUGCUGUGCCCACAAUAAGCCUCAUCUGUGAGGAGCUGGAUCGGCCAAGAACGGGAGAAGAAGAGUCAGAGGACACGAAGGAGAAGGAAAACGAGAAGGAUGCCGCAGAGAGACGAAAGAUCAGAGAUUACAAAAAAACCAGUCUGGCAAAGUACGUGAAACACUUCGAUCUGUUUCUGGAUGGAAUGGCUCGCUCGUGGAAAGGAGAACUUGUCAGAAAGAGCGAUCUUGAGAAAGAAUUCUGAACUGGAUCAACAAUCAGAAAGCGAUGACUUCUGAAGUGGCACUGUUAAUGGCUGCCGAUUACCAACUGUCCUGUUUCGGGAGUUUCAUGUUGUGGUGGAAUGUUUCCUUUUUUCUGACAAACAAUAAUUUCAUCCAAAUCUGUUUUAUUAUACUCUUCAGUAAUAGAAGAAGAGAUUCAGUUAUAAUAAUACACUCAUAAAUUAAACAUAAGUAAAUCCUCUUAGUGUAGGAUUUUCGUAAUACAAUUCCAAUUAUAUAUUGUUUGUCUACUUGUUGCCUACAUUUUGCUACUGUACAGUCAUUUGUGAAAAUAAAUUUGGUAUUCCUACUCUUCCAAAA